UGUGAAUCGUGACAUCAGUACAAGGUUGGUUCCGAGGCCUAAUGACAUCAGCUUUGCGGACGAGAUGUCGACCGGAGUGGGAAAGCACAAGAUGCUGUCCCUGGGGCCCACGGAGCCGUGGUCCAUCAGGGAAAAACUGUGCCUUGCUUCGUCUGUCAUGAGGAGUGGCGACCAAAAUUGGGUGUCAGUCAGUAGAGCCAUCAAGCCUUUCUCUGAGCCAGGUCGCCCCGCUGACUGGUUCUCCCAAAAGCACUGCGCCUCCCAGUACUCUGAGCUGCUGGAGACCACAGAAGCCCCAAAACGCAAACGUGGGGAGAAGGGUGAGGUGGUGGAGACCAUAGAGGAUGUGAUCGUGCGCAGAUUAACAGCGGAGAGGAUCGAGGAGCUGAAGAGACUUCUCAAAGACACACAGGAGAAGUACAGGAAGUUGAAAAAAGAGGUGGAGAUGAUCCAGGCGGGCCAAGUGGACUCCAAACUGGAGGAGCUGUGGGGGGAGAUGGAUCAGAAGAGGAAGCAGGAGGAAGAUGAAGCAGAUCAGAAGAAGAGGGCCACGGAAGCAGCCUUCCAGGUUCGCCAGGCUGCUAAGAACACGCCCAAGCGCAUGCCCAGUGUGUCCGUGCGCUCUCCUCUGGGCUCCAGCUCUCCUGGCAUGGACCCGCCCACCAGUGACACCAGCCAAACACUGACAGAGGAACCCUGCGCCAGCCCUGCAGCUCCAACUGUGGCCGUGUUUAUGCCAGUGGAGGCGGUUGGGCCUAAGGAAAGCCUGGGGGCCCUAGUAGACGACUCCCCACAGAAGAAGCUCCUGGCCCAGAAGGCAACUCCGCCACCCUCCCCCCUUCUCUCCGAGCUCCUGAAGAAAGGAAGCCUCAUCUCGGCCAGCCCACGCUUGGUGGUGGAGGGAGAGGUGGCCGGUGCCCUGAGUAACGGCUCACACGGAGUUGAAAUUCUCACCACGACCUGCACCCUUCCUCAGGGCCAGGACAUCACCACAGAUGCACCUACUCUGUCCCGCCUCCUGGAGACCGCCCCUCAGAUUCACCAUGGCAACAGUGCAGACCCCUCUGUUACCCCUUGCAACAAUGUAGUAGCCCCGCCCCAGAUGGACCACCCGCCCCCGCCCACUGCAGGCCCAGCCCCGCCCACUACAGAGACCGUUCUGGUGACGAAUGACGCGGCGGUAGUGGUGGCCCCCAGCCCCCAGCUGGAGCAGCCCAGAGAGGGGGAGCUGGUGGAGGAGGACCUGGUGGCCGUGUCCUACAUGGGAGAUGAGCUGGACCUGGAAACAGUGGGGGACAUCAUUGCCAUCAUAGAGGAGAAGGUGGACGAUCCAGUGGAGGCUCUGGACGCUGCAGCCGUGGAGGCGGCCCUCUCCCUGUGUGAGGAGGCCGUCGCCGGGGGCCACACUCUCCCGGGCCCCUGGGAGCCCCAGGCCUUCAAGUCCUUGGAGUCGGGCGCUGACCCUCAGCCCAGCCCCGCAGCAGCCCCUGCCCCAGAGCCAGCCACCUCGGGCCCCAGCAGUGCCCCGGAAGAGGGGGAGCGGGCAAUGGAGGUGGGGGUGCAGAGGCAGUUGGAGGGGGUUAUGGAGGUGCCCACGGAGGAAGAGGAGGAGGAGGAGGAGGAAGAAGAGGAGGAGUAUAACCAGGGGGCGCAGGUGCAGGAGAGAGGGGCAGAUCCAGGGCAUGCUCAUGGAGCCGUCGCCGUGGUUGCGGAUGAGGGGGUAGCCAUGGAGACACAGGAGAAGGGGGAGGGGGAAGGAGGGAUGGAGGAGAGUCAGACGGAAGAGAGCAGAGUGCACAGCCCCACCAUCAAGCAGGAGAGAGAGGACUGGAGCCAGCCAGAGUCACACACACCGUGUCUGGGUCAGUUACACACACACUCAGACUCAGAAGAUAGCUCAGCAUCCGGGAAAGACUCAAAGGAGCUGAAGGAGGAGGAUAUAGGGAGCGAUGUAGACGGUGAUGAGAUGAAGGACUGUGGAGAGGGGGAUGGGGAUGGAGAAGGGGACGGAGAGGGGGAUGGAGAGGAGGGGUCCUACCUGUCGGAGGUGGAGCAGCCAGCCAGCGAGAGUGAGGACGGUUACGGCACACACUCUCAGAGAUACACCACGGCAGACUCCACCGCAAGCAGCCCCGCCUCCUCACAGUUUUCUAUGUGCAGUGAGGAUCAGGAGGCCCUUCAGGCGCAAAAGAUCUGGAAGAAAUCGAUCAUGCUGGUCUGGCGUGCAGCAGCCAAUCACAGGUAUGCCAGUGUCUUCCUGCAGCCUGUGUCUGAUGACAUCGCCCCUGGUUACCAUAGCAUUGUACACAGGCCCAUGGACCUGUCGGCCAUCAAGAAGAACAUCGAGAUGGGCGUGAUCCGCACCACGGCGGAGUUCCAGCGGGACAUCAUGCUGAUGUUCCAGAACGCCAUCAUGUACAACAGCUCGGACCACGACGUCUUCCACAUGGCCCUGGAGAUGCAGCGCGACGUGCUGGAGCAGGUGCAGCAGUUCCUGGCCACGCAGCUCAUCAUGCAGACCUCCGAGGCCAGCAUCGGCACCAAGAGCCUGCGCGGGCGCGAGGGCGGCCGCAAGCAGGACCCCAACGAGAAGGACUUUAUCCCCAUGGCCUCUCCCGCUUUCCUACUCUCUCUCUUUGAUGGAGGCACCAGAGGGCGCCGGAGCGCCAUCGAGGCGGACCUCAAGAUGAAGAAGUGACCUCAGCCCUAGGUGGACAUAAAUGACAGGAAAGGAAGAGGCCUAGUUCCUCUGGUUCUGUGGUCGGACUGGCCCUAUUCUCCUGUUCCGUGGAAAGGAGCUGGUGUUCUCUGCUCUAGAAUGCUACGAUUCAGGAACUCUAUGUACUUCACCUUGCUCAGGCUAUUCAAUCAUGAAGAAUGUACCAUCAUCAUCCUCAUUCACUAGCCAUGGUCCUGUACAGCCUGAAUGCAAUGGCACUUUAUGUGCAUUAGAUUCACUGACAGACACACACACACGUACACACACACACACACACACACCACACACACACACAGCUGUUCAAGCUUAGGUGGUGUGUCCGUUGCCCCCUGUACGAAUAAGGACUAGUUGUGAUGUUCAGUCUAUAGGAGAAAAACAUGAUAAGUACAGUCUGUAGUUACAACUACAUGUCCACAUUCUACAGUUUGCUGGGUCAUGCCGGCUAGAGAAUCAUUUGAAUUGACAGGAAUUACAGAAGGUUCCGGAAGUACCGGAGAAACGGAUCUCAUCUGUGUACCUUUGUUGUUCCAGUUUCCCAUCAGCACCAUCAGUGUUCUGUUUUGGUUUUUUUUGUUUUGUUUGUUUGUUUUUUUAACUUGUUUUGUGAGUUCAAACUGGAAAUCUGAGUGACAUUAAAAGGGUUGUGGUAGUUUUUUUUUUUUAAAUAUAUUUCUUGUAAGUUGUGGAAAUCAGACAUGUAGUACAAAAGUGACUAGCCGAUAUGAGUAUUUUUCCCAUAUUUAGAGCAACGCAGACUCUGAUCAACGAUUGCUAAAUUGAUUUUGCAUUGUUCUUGAUGUGGUAGAAAGGGUACAGUCUAAGUGUUGCCAUGAGCAGAAUGUUUAGCAUGUGUAAGAUGGUUAUUUACACAAGCCAUAGGUGAUUGAUCAUUGAUACUAGAAACUACGACAUGACGCAGGUGUCCUAGGAGUGACACACAACCAUCCAUACCAAGAACAACAGUAACACAAUGGUUGUGUGUAAACCCAUGGAUCACCCUCGUUGCGCACACACACUUAUCAUGGCUUUCUGCAGACUGUUGGUGUGUGUGUGUGUGUAUGUGUGUGUGUGUGGUGUGUGUCUAAAUGGGGGCUUCCUUGGAUUGUAAGCGUGCAUGUGUGCUUAAGAGAAUUCAGAUGCAACCUGGAAGUGUUGUAGUACCUUUAUGUGUGCCAGGUGUUGGUUGUAAACUGAGCAGCUAGUUUUGUACAUAAGAAAGUAAGUAUAUGUGUACAGAUUUUCUUUUUUUUGUGUGUAAUGGCUGUGUUGUCAUGUUAAAGUUGAAUAAAGGAGGUAGUGAGAAACCACUAGAUUCUGCAA